CUAACAUAGAGGGGCAAUGCAAAGCUGAAGCUACUAAAUGUAUCCCUACCACUAACCCCCCAGCAAAUCCUAGCAUCUCCCCACCACUGACUAGCCUACUAGCUUUAAGAUCCUUGUUAAUGCCCCUCAGCCCCUCCAGCUUAUUUGUACGUACAUAUACGUAGUGACCCCUGGUAAUCAUCAUUCUAUUUUCAAGCUUCUGUUUCAACUCCUGAAUCAGUCUCUUCCCAACUUUACGACCUAUUGUCUAAAGUAGCCAAUUGCUUGUCCUCUUUUCAUAAUUCUCCUGUAAGCACUUCACCUAUAAACACAUCGAUCAAAAUCGACAUGUCAGCCGAAAUCCAGAGCCUGAAGGCCCAAUACGAGAAAGCUGGCCAGAGCCAUGUAUUUACCUAUUUUGACUCCCUGAGCGAGUCCGAGCAAAAGACCUUCCUCGAGCAACUCCAGAAGAUUGACCCUGCGAGAGUCCAAAAACUACGAGAUCUUGCCUUGAACCCCCCGAAGGAACAAGGACAAGCUAUUGUCGAACCCCUUCCCGACUCUGCUAAUGCCAGUAUUAUCGAUUCGAAGCCCGAAGAUAUUCAAAGGUGGUACGAUCUCGGUCUGGAGUUAAUUGGAAAGGGUGAGGUUGCCGUAGUCCUACUAGCCGGUGGACAAGGCACUCGUUUAGGAAGCAAGGCACCAAAGGGAGCUUUUGAUAUUAAGCUUCCCUCCCACAAGUCUCUCUUCCAGAUUCAAGCGGAACGAAUCUUAAAGAUUCAAGAAUUAGCUGCCAAGAAGGCCGCGGAUCCCAGCAAAGCUGUGAUUCCCUGGUUUAUCAUGACUAGCGGACCGACACGAGGACCUACGGAGAAGUUCUUCAAGAAGGAGAAGCUAGAUGAGCUUAGCGAUGAGGAGAACGCCAACCGAGCUAAGGGUGUCCCAUACUUUGGCCUAGACGCUAAGAAUGUGACCAUAUUCGAGCAGGGUGUGCUUCCGUGCAUUACGAAUGACGGUAAAUUCAUGCUUGCGAGUAAAGGGAAACUUGCUGUAGCUCCUGAUGGAAACGGUGGUCUGUACAAAGCCCUACAAGACGAAGGUGUCCUUGAGAAGAUGCGCCCAAAUAUCAAGCACGUCCACGCAUACUGUGUAGACAAUUGUCUGGCAAAGGUUGCCGACCCUGUCUUCAUUGGUUUCGCGGCCGAGAAGAAGGUCAAGAUCGCCACCAAGGUCGUAAGGAAGCGAGAUGCCAAGGAAUCAGUCGGUCUAAUCAUCCAAAAGAACGGCAAGCCGGACGUGGUAGAAUACUCCGAAAUUGAUGACGCCACCCGUCAAGCAGCAGACCCUAAGCAGCCCAGUCUCCUCAAGUUCCGUGCUGCCAAUAUCGUCAACCACUACUACUCCUUCGAAUACCUAGACAGCAUGGGAGAUGCGGUAAACAACUUGCCGCCUCACGUUGCCAAGAAGAAGAUUCCCUUCUUCGACACCGAGAAGGGCGAAGCUGUCGACCCCAAGUCCCCUAACGGUAUCAAACUGGAGCAAUUCGUCUUCGACAACUUUAAGUGGCUUAGUCUGAACGAGUUUGCUUGCUUCGAAGUCAAGCGUGAAGAGGAGUUCUCCCCCUUGAAGAACGCAGAUCCGGCCCAAACGGCCGACGGAUCGUUCGAGAAGCAGCCCGAGGACAGCCCUGCUACUAGUCGUAGACACAUCAAGGAACAGGGCCGACGAUGGGUCGAAGCUGCCGGCGCAACUGUCAAGAAUGGAGAUGUUGACGGAGGCCUCGAGGUCUCGCCGCUCACAAGCUACGGUGGUGAAGGCCUAGAGAGUUUCAAGGGACAGACGAUUGAGAAGUCGUCGAUUUAGAUUCAUCAUCUUUACGUGAUGUGGUAGAUAAAAGUAACGUAG